UAAUAAGGAGUACAUUUUGUGGUAGCAGAGUAUCCGUCGGUGGGUCAACCUCUCUCCUAGAAUGAAAGCCAUAAUUUUUUGUUCACUAAUCAUAACCAUGCAAUGAAGGCCAUACUGAGAAGCAAACCACAUGAUAAAUCACGCAGAAAACUGUGUUCUUUUGCAAACUCUGUUCUUGAAUCAACUAUACGAGCUGAAGAAACAAAAGGCCCAGUUUGGGUGAGGACGAAAGAAUCCAAAUUAGCAACUUUACACUGCCUCGUUCAACAAUGUGCGAGAGAGAGGGAUACCAGAGGAGGGAGAUCUUGCCACGCCAUGAGCGUCAAGCUCGGCUUCGAAGCUGACAUUCUUACUUCAAACAUGUUCAUCAAUUUUUACAGCAGGUGCGGUCUCACUGAGAGCUCCCGCAAGGUGUUUGAUGAAAUGCCUCAGAGAAGCCUCGUUUCUUGGAACACCCUCAUUGGUUCAUAUACCCGGAGCCAGAACGAGGAAGGGGCUCUUAAGCUGUAUGUGGAGAUGCAGAGGGAGGGGAUACAGUUCAGUGAAUUUACAGUCUCUGGUGUCCUUUGCGCUUGUGCCGCUAAAUUUGCUGUGUUCGAGUGUAAGCAGUUGCAUGCCUUUGUGGUCAAGGUGUCCAUGGAGUUGAAUGUGUAUGUGGGCACUGCAUUGAUUGAUGUCUAUGCAAAGAGUGGCAUGACCGAAGACGCUUCUCGCAUUUUCAAUAGCAUGACCGAAAGAAAUGAAGUCACUUGGACAACAAUGAUGACAGGGUAUGUACAAAAUGCGCUGUAUGAGGAGGCAUUGUUGUUGUUCCACAGAGCCCAACAAUCUGGACUGGAACAUGACAAGUUCAUUGUUUCUUCAGUUCUCUCGGCUUGCUCAACACUGUCUGCUUUCAUAGAAGGGACCCAAGUUCAUGCCAUAGUUUGGAAAUUGGGGUUUGGUGCCAAUGCCUUUGUGGCUUCUUCACUUAUAGACUUGUAUGCCAAGUGUGGGAACCUUCAAGAUGCUUAUAUAGUAUUUUCAAAUGCUGAUGAGAAGAACAUUGUGAUUUGGAACACAAUGAUCACGGGCCUUGCGAAACACGCGAGGCCCUUGGAGGCCAUGAUAUUGUUUGAGAAAAUGCAACAAUUUGGUAUUCGCCCAAGUGAUGCCACAUACGCGUCUGUGCUAUCCGCGUGUGGCCACAUGGGCUUGGUCGAAGAGGGCAAGAAAUAUUUCAAAAUGAUGUCGAAAGAACAUAACUUGUCCCCAAAUAUCCACCAUUAUUCUUGCAUGGUCGACGUGCUUGGCAGGGCAGGACUGAUUGAGGAAGCUAAGGAUUUGAUAGAGACAAUGCCAUUUGAAGCCAAUGCUUCUGUGUUAGGGUCACUUUUGGCAUCUUGCAAGGUCCAUGGGAAUGUAGAGGUGGCAGAGGCUGCUGCUAAGCAACUGUUUGAGAUCGAACCUAAUAAUGCCGGAAACUAUGUUUUGCUCUCAGACAUUUAUGCAGCCAAGAAGAGAUGGGGUGAUGUUGCAUCAACAAGAAAGCUUCUGAAAGACAGUGAGGUAAAGAAGGUAAGAGGGAAGAGUUGGAUUGAAAUCAAAGGCAAAGUUCAUGCUUUCAUGGCAGGGGAAAGAGGGCAUCCUAGGAUUGAGGAGAUUUAUUCCAAGCUGGAGAAACUGGCAGAGGAGGUGGAGAAGGCAGGGUACGAGGGGGAGACAGAACACGACUUUCACGAUGUGGGAGAGACCAGAAAGAAACAACUGCUGAAACACCACAGCGAGAAACUUGCUCUUACAUUUGGUUUAAUGUCUCUGCCAAGUGGUUUGGCUAUAAGAAUAAUGAAGAACCUCAGAAUAUGUGGGGACUGCCAUUCUUUUAUGAAGUUUGCUUCUAAAGUAACUGGGAGGGUGAUCGUCGUUAGAGACUAUAAUCGGUUUCACCAUUUCAAGGACGGAUCUUGUUCCUGUGGAGAAUUCUGGUGAUCUAAUGUUCAAUCCAUCUGCUACCAAAAAAGAAAAAGAAAAAGAAAGAGGAAUCAUUUCUAUUCAACCACUCUUCAAGUAUAAACCAGUUUAGCUCCCCUCUAGCUCCAGUUGAUAUAUGAUCAUCACUAGUAUUACUUCCCAAGGCUAUGUAAUAGGGACACUAUGCUAAUGUAGAUUAUUUUUAAAAUGUGAGUUUCUUUAAAGAUAUGAAGGGAAAUUGAAUUUCUUUAUAAAUAAGAGUGGAAAAAUAUUUAUGGGUGGAAAAUAAAGAGGCAUGCAUAGG